CGGCGCAGAGAGACGGGUGAACCCGACUUAUCAAAACCGAUGACUACUGCAAACUGUACCGGUAAUGAGGAGCUGGACUUCAGAUUGAUGUUCGGGGAGGACGGUCAACAACAGGCUCUAGGCCCUGCAGACCUGGAACCCGAUGACACCACUUCAUUCUACAUUCUGAACGUGGGCCAGCCCCCAUCUGUGGUCAACCAAUCAUCUAUCGGCAUCCCGCGGCACGGUCUGCAGGCUCAUUCCCAGAUCAUCUCCACGUCGCCACGGCUACAGCACAAGCCGUACGACCCCAGCUAUGAUACGCUGCAGGACUCCAAAUACAACCCUCUUGCAGGAGGAGGAGGAGGAGGUGGUGGCGGAGGAGGGGGCCCACCCAAAGCCUUCGAAUGUCCCAGCAUUCAAAUCACCUCCAUCUCGCCCUCUUGCCAGCAGGAGAUGGACGCCAGCGAAGACGAGAUGCGAGGGAAAGGCCCGGACGGGGAUUACCAGGAACGGCCCCUGUCCAGGGACCACCUCUACCUGCCUCUGGAUCACUCAUACCGGGAUUCGUCUCUAAGCCCGAGCCCCUGCAGCAGCCUGUCCUCCAGGAGCUGGUUUUCUGACGCCUCGUCCUGCGAGUCCUUCUCGCACGUGUAUGACGACGUGGACUCGGAGCUGAACGAAGCGGCGGCCCGUUUCACGCUGGGCUCGCCCCUCACCUCGCCCGGGUGCUCCCCGCAAGCCGGCCCAGUGGAGGAACAGUGGCAGCACCAUCACCCGACGUACGGCCACGCCCACGGCCACGCCCACACCCGGUCGCUCUCGCCUCGUCAGUCCCCCUGCCACUCGCCCCGCACCAGUGUCACCGACGAGAACUGGCUAAGCCCCCGCUCUCCGUCGCGUCCCUCGUCCCGUCCCACCUCCCCCUGUGGGAAGAGACGCCACUCCAGCGCUGACAUCUGCUACCCUGGCUCCGUGUCCCCGCAUCACUCCCCCACGCCCACCCCCGGACCCUCCCCUAGAGGCAGCGUCACCGAAGACACCUGGAUCGGGAGCCCCGCGGGGGGGAUGUCCACAUUUCAGUGCUGCCCCGAAGCUGACAUCCCCUCCAAGACCCGGAAGACGUCUCAGGACCGAACGGCUGCGGUGCAGCCGGGGAAAGGAGACUUAACCCUGGACGAGUCGGGGAACGUGUCCCCGUUAUUGGACUCGCCUGCCGAGGACGCUCUACAUGGUCUGAAGAAAGACGGACCUGGAGAGCAGUUCCUCUCUGUCCCCUCUCAUUUCACCUGGAAUAAACCCAAACCAGGACACACACCUAUCUUCAGGACGUCCUCCUUGCCUCCGUUGGAUUGGCCGUUACCGAGUCAGUUUGGCCAAUACGAGCUGAAGAUCGAGGUUCAUCCCAAAGCGCACCACCGAGCACAUUACGAAACGGAGGGAAGCAGAGGGGCCAUCAAAGCUACUAUGGGAGGGCACCCCGUCGUCAAGCUCGUUGGCUACAGUGAAAAGCCGGUGAACCUGCAGAUGUUCAUCGGAACAGCGGACGACCGUUACCUGAGACCGCACGCUUUCUACCAGGUGCACCGGAUUACGGGGAAAACGGUGGCCACCGCCAGUCAGGAAAUCAUCAUCGCCAGCACCAAAGUGUUGGAGAUCCCGCUGCUGCCAGAAAACAACAUGUCUGCCAGUAUUGAUUGUGCUGGCAUUCUGAAGCUGAGGAACUCAGACAUAGAGUUGAGAAAGGGUGAGACAGACAUUGGACGGAAGAAUACGCGAGUCCGAGUCGUAUUCCGAGUGCACAUCCCACAACCCAAUGGAAAAGUUCUCUCUCUACAGGCCGCAUCUAUUCCAGUGGAGUGCUCCCAGCGCUCUGCCCAGGAGCUGCCGCAGGUGGAGAAGGCCAGUCUGUCCAGCUGCCCUGUCAGUGGGGGGGAGGAAAUGCUUAUCACCGGCUCCAACUUCUUCCCUGAAUCCAAGGUCAUCUUCCUGGAGAAGGGCCCUGAUGGGAGACCCCAGUGGGAGGUGGAGGCCAAAAUAAUCCGAGAGAGAAGUCAAGGAUCGAGCAUCGUCAUAGAAAUCCCGCCCUAUCACAGUAAGACAGCGACGUCACCAGUCCAGGUGCAGUUCUAUGUGUGCAAUGGCAAACGGAAAAGGAGCCAAUCACAGCGCUUCACAUACCUCCCAGUUCUGGUGAAACAGGAGCACAGGGAUGAUCUGGACCCCGCCGUGGUGCCGCCCAUGCCUCUGUCCCUGGGGCACGGUGCCAGCCUGGUCCGAGCCCAGCUGCCUUCUCCCGAGCAGAACCACCCGCCGGACGGCCUUCUGUCCAGCUCUCCCCGUGGCCUAGCUCCUUCCCUGCACCCUCUGCAACCCCCCUGCGCCCCCAUGGGCUCCCCUACCUUCUCGCACCUGCCUCACCUCCAAAGCCGGGGACUGCACCCGCCCCCCGAAUGCCAGCUGCCCUUCCACGCGGCCCAGGCCCCUCAGACCAGGCCAACGUACCCGCCUAUGCAGCACAGCCUGCCCUUCAACGGCCAGCCCAGUCUUCCCGUCAGUGCCAGUUCUCCCCAGGCCUACGAGCGCAUGCCCUUCCAGCCCGACCCGGCCACCUGCCACCCAAUGGGGCUAGGGAUGGUGUACCACGCCCCUUCCUCGGCCCCUGCUUCCGCGCCGGCCUCCAGCCCCAGCCACGUCUCCUGUACCUCCACGCAGCCUCUCACCCAUUCGUCUCCUCACCUCCACUCCCUGGGCUACCACUGCCCCAACCCGGGCCAGCAGAUGCCCCCUUCGCCGACUCACGCCGUCGGCCAGCCCGUGCCGGGGCUGCAGCACCCGCUGGGAUACCACCCCGCCGGCCAGCGCUCUGCCUCCUGCCCCACGCCCUCCAGCGCCCCUGCCCGCGUCGGACCGUCCCCCCAUUCGGGUCCCUCCUCGCCGCAGUUACAGUCACUGCCCUACCAGUCGCCCACCUCGCCCUCUCCGACCUCCGGCAGCCCCCUGGGCCCCCUGUCUCACUCCAGCCAGCCUUCCCCCCAGGCAAGCAGCCCCGUCCUGGCCAACCUAUCCCCAGCAGGCCCCAUCGUUCACCCCCUGGGCCCUCAGGGACCCUUCCCGGCGGAGGGAGAAAGGCUGAACAUCAAGCAGGAGCCAGAGGACAGGGAACUGACCUUCCGCUCCAUUGGGUUUCAAGACAUCACACUGGACGAUGUGAAUGAGAUCAUUGGCAGAGAUAUGUCACAGACUCCUGCAGCCUCUUGCUCCUCUACAGCACACAGCCAGUCCUAG